CCGGCUUGGACUCGGCAAAUGUAAACUUGUGGCGAUCAUCAUGGCGGGUGUGAGGAAAGCCGGCUGCCUGAAUGCUGCCCUGUGCUGCCUCGUAACCCUGGGAAACCUGGUGCACCUCAGCCUCGGGCGAAGCGGCCAGACGCUGGAUGCUACUGGAGUGUUCUACACAUUUAGUCCGAGGUUAUCUUCAGAUAUCUUGGUAGAUGUCAAAACCAAUAAUCACCGAUGGAAGCGACAGCAACCACCCAAAUCAGUGGAUACAAACAGAGCUAGUCCGGAGCAGGACUUUGCAGAUCCUACUAAAAUCUUUGACAUUCAACCUGCUGAGGACAAUAGCAAUGAUACAAAAAUUGAGGAAAACACAGACCACAACUACUAUACAUCAAGAAUGUUUGGGCCAUCUGAUCCAGAAACCAGGGAACUAUGGGUUAACAUGGAUCAAAUGGAAAAAGAUAAAGUGAAGAUUCACGGGAUUCUAUCUAACACCCACCGGCAAGCUGCUAGGGUAAAUUUGUCCUUCCACUUCCCAUUUUAUGGCCAUUUCCUGACAGAGGUUACCGUGGCGACUGGCGGUUUUAUCUAUACGGGGGAAGUUGUGCAUCGUAUGUUAACAGCUACUCAGUACAUCGCACCACUGAUGGCUAAUUUUGACCCAAGUGUGUCUCGGAAUUCAACUGUCCGAUACUUUGACAAUGGUACUGCUCUGGUUGUACAGUGGGAUAAUGUUCGCCUCCAGGAUAACUAUGAUUUAGGAAGCUUCACCUUCCAGGCCACCCUGCACAGUGAUGGACGGAUCGUCUUUGCUUACAAAGAGAUUCCUGUUGCCGUGACAGAGAUAAACUCAGCCAAUCACCCAGUCAAAGUGGGGCUGUCAGAUGCAUUUGUAGUUGUUCACAAGAUCCAACAGAUUCCCAAUGUUCGCAGGAGGACAAUUUACGAAUACCACCGAGUUGAAUUACAGGUGGCAAAAGUCACCAACAUGUCGGCUGUUGAAAUCAUCCCUCUCGCCACUUGUCUCCAGUACAAAAGCUGCUCUUCCUGUAUCAAUGCACUGAUUGGCUUCAACUGCACAUGGUGUGACAAGCUCCAGAGAUGUUCCAGUGGUUUUGAUCGUCAUCGGCAGGAUUGGGUUGAUAACAGCUGUCCCGAUGAGUCUAAAGAUAAGAUAUGUGACAUCAAGCCUGGCGAAGUGACUCAAGCUGCUUCAUCUACAACGGGUGUUACAACAACAGCAACAAAACCUAGAAUCUCAAGCACUACAUCCACAACCAUUUUCACAUUUGCGGUUCCUACUUCCAGCUUAACCACUGAAGAUGAUACAAAGAUUGCAAUGCACCUGAGGGACAAUGGAGCUUCCCCAGCUGACAGCACUGCAGAGAAGAAAGGUGACUCAGUCCACACUGGCCUGAUCGUGGGGAUACUCCUGGUCAUCAUCAUUGUUGUAGCAGGAGUACUCGUGACGUUUUACAUGUACCAUCACCCAACAUCAGCAGCAAGUCUCUUCUUCCUUGAGCGCCGCCCCAGUAGAUGGCCUGCAAUGAAGUUCAGGCGUGGCUCUGGUCAUCCUGCCUAUGCCGAAGUGGAGCCAGUUGGGCAGGAAAAGGAAGGCUUUAUUGUGUCUGAACAGUGCUGAAACUGAGCGGUAGAAGUAGUGCACCAGGUGUGGGAUUUAUGCUUUGAAGUGAAUAAAGAAGCAAGCUCAAACGCACUGUCCAUGAAAUACCCACUUCUGGAUCAGCUCAAAAUAAGAAAGAUACACAUUUUCAUCUACGAGAUCAGCACUCCAUAAUCUUCCUUAGUAGCCCUGCAGAGCUCAUCAAUGUUUCAAAAAGAAUUGACCAUCCCUUUUGGAUAAUCGUUGUGGAAUUGAAUGAAAAUUCAUGACGCUUACAAGCCACAAAAGUGAAAAACCAGGUUCAUUCCAUCUUUACUGGUUUAAGUAAACCUCAACAAGUAAGAGUGAAAAAGAAAAUGCAUCAAUUUUCCAUGUUUCCAUUGUUAAAAAUGCAGGAAAAUUGCUUAUAGCAUGCUUUUAGCUGAUCAUCAAUCAGAUAAUGCAAUGAAUAGAUUCACUCUCUUCAACAUUUAUUUUGAUUCUUUAAAAGUGUAUACAUUAAAAACUCACUGACGUCAGUUGGGGGAAAUGUAGUUUUGUGUACAUUUUCUUAAUGAGAAUAUUUUCUAAUCCAUCUGAUGUUUUGAGUGUAUAUAAAUCAUUCUGGAUGGAUUUCUUUACUGUAGAUGAGCUAUAAUAUGAUGAAAUGUCAUUUUCAAUUGUCAAGAUUCAGUUGCGUAAGGCUUGGAGGCAACUGAAGACAAAUUGAUAUGUUCUUUUAAAAAUCAAAAGUUUGCAAAUGUUCAAAUCUAACUUUUUUGAUAAAUUUCAUUUGUUUCCCUCAGUGACGUCUGACAGUCCUGAUGUAAAUCUUUUAAGUUAAUAAGAAAAUCUCCAAAUUAUUGUGCACAAGAUUCCAUUGGUUUCAAGUUACUGAGGGAUUAAUGCCAUUUGUGUUGCAAAUUGUGCAAUUUGUUAUCUUUUGGCUUGAAAGGUAGUGAGAUUACAAAGGCUUAAAUAUUUCCCUACUAGAAACCAAAUUUUGGGAGUAUUUGCAGAUUCAGUUAGAUCUGUUGUGUAGUGGACACAUUGGUUAAAUAGAUGAAUAUAUUUUGUUUCUUGAUAGCUUACACAAGACAGGUUCUUGUGUCUCCAGAUUGUGAUGAAAUGUUAUAGUGUAUUUUUACCAUCCAGAAGAGGCAUGUAACAUGUAUUAUCACAGACAUAAAAUGGGUUGUAAAGUAGUAAUUAAGACUGAGUACUGUUUAACAAUAGGAAGUAACUUAAUGGAGAGCAAAGAACACGCACUUUUAACUGUCUUCACUGAAAUUAAUUGUUUUCUUUUGAGCUAUCUUCGUGCUGUGAAACAAGGCUGUUUGUGAAUUCAGGUAAGUAUUAUUCUUCAAUAAAAUCCUGUGAAAUAUAUCUUCCAGUCUUAGACAUAAAGGCACUUGCUAUUAUUAUUAAGUAUUGAAAAUGGCAGAUUCAGGUCUAAUUACAGAUUAUUGACUUCUUUCCAUUUGCCAACAUUGCAAUCAAUGAGCAGUGCAGAUUAGUAAUCUUACAGUUCAGUCGAUGGUGUCAGAGAUUUCAUUACUGUGAGUUCGACCUCGCUGGGAGUGGAUUUUGAUUUCAAUGAGUAUUCUACAUAAGGUUAACAAUUAGAGUUAGGAUAACUCAUUCAGUUGGGUUUGAUCUGGAACUAUCUUGAAAAACAAUUUGAAAUAUUUCACUAAACAUUAUCCCAAUGUACCCGAUAAAUAUUUAAACUCAUUUGAAGGUAACAGUAACUUUGUAUAAAAGGCGCCUAACAAAAACCGGCUCUUUCAGUGGAAAAAGGGUAUAGUUGCAUUGUUAACUGAAUGAAGUGGACUUAAUGAUCCUGAUGUGAUUCUAAUUUCAUUUCAAUGUUUGCUAAGACCACAAGAAACAGGAACAGGAGUAGGCUUCUUGCUCCCUCAAGCCUGCUGUGCCAUUCUUUGACUUCAUGGCUGAAUCCACAUUCCUCACAUCCACUUUUCUGCCCUUUCCCCCUAACCUUUGAUUCUCUUGCUGAUCAAGAAUGAGCCUUAACUAUGUGGUACCUCUUGUAACUGUUCAAGUAAUGUCACCAGCUGCAAACACCAGUGUGCAAAUAUGUUGCUCCAUAAUGAGAAGGUUCCCAAAAGACUGUCUCAUUCUCAUCAGCCAAGAAUUGAUUUGAAUUUUCUUAAACAUGCAGUAACCUUGUCAAUUCAGUAACAAUAGUUGUUCUCAAUUAGAUUAGAUUUUUAGAUUAGAUUACUUACAGUAUGGAAACAGGCCCUUCGGCCCAACAAGUCCACACCAACCCGCCGAAGCGAAACCCACCCAUACCCCUACAUUUGUCCCGACCUAACACUAGGGGCAAUUUAGCAUGGCCAAUUCACCUGACCCGCACAUCUUUGGACUGUGGGAGGAAACCGGAGCACCCGGAGGAAACCCACACAGACACCGGGAGAAUGUGCAAACUCCACACAGUCGCCUGAGGCAGGAAAUGAACCCGGGUCUCUGGCGCUGUGAGGCAGCAGUGCUAACCACUGUGCCACCCACAAUUCUUACUGAUCACUUCACAUACCAGGCAGUGAUCCAGCUUCAAAUGCAAUAUACUGAACUGUCUAACAGAUAUUAUGCCAACAGCUUCACUGUACCCCUGUAUAGUAAGAACAUACUUCCACAGAUAGGGAGACUAAAACCACACAAAAUAUUCCAGGCGCCCUCACCAAAGCCCUGCAUAAUUGCAGCGAGAUAUCCUUAUUCCUGUGCUCGAAUCCUCUCAUUAUACAGUUUGCCUUUUUUACUCUCUGUGGCACCUGCGCACUUAUUUUCAGUGGCUGUUGCACAAGGGCACACCGGUCUCAUUGAACAUUCCCCUCUGUCAGUGUUCUGCUAUUCAAAUAGUAAUUUGCCUUCCUAUUUUUGCUGCCAAAGUGGAUAACAUUAUAUCUAUCCAUAUUAUACUGCAUCUGCUGUGCAUUUGCUCACCCACUCAGCCUGUCCAAAUCACACUGCAACAUUGCUGUAUCCACCUCACAGCUCACCCUCCCACCCCAGCUUUGCAUCAUCUGCAACUUUUGAAAUAUUACACCUCAUUCCCUUAUCUAAUUCAUUAACAUAUAUUGUGAGUAGCUCGGCUCCUUGUUCUAUAUGCCAUUCAGGAAAAGAUCAACUUAUUCGUACUCUUUGUUUCCUUUCUGCUAACCAAUUUUUUCCCCAUCACAUUGCACUACCCCCAAUCCCAGCACUUCAAUUUUACUCAUUAUUCUCUGAUGUGAUAAUUUGUCAAAAGCCUUCUGAAAGUCCAAAUCAACGACAUCAAUUGGUUCCCCAUAAUCAAAUCUGCCAGUUACAUUUGGAUGGUUUAGAUUACUUACAGUGUGGAAACAGGCUCUUCGGCCCAACAAGUCCACACUGACCCGCCGAAGCGCAACCCACCCAGACCCAUUCCCCUACAUUUAUCCUUUCACCUAGCAGUACAGGCAAUUUAGCAUGGCCAAUUCACCUAACCUGCACACUUUUGGACUGUGGGAGGAAACCGGAGCAUCCGGAGGAAACCCACGCAGGCACGGGGAGAACGUGCAAACUCCACACAGUCAGUUGCCUGAGGUGGGAAUUGAACCCGGGUCUCUGGCGCUGUGAGGCAGCAGUGCUCACCAUUGUGCCACCGUGUCGCCCCAUACAUCUUUGAGGUAUUCCUGUAGAUUUAUCAAAUAUGAUUUCCCUCCUAUAGGCACAUGCUGUCUGUGUCUGAUCCUAGAGGAAAAAAUGAGGUCUGCAGAUGCUGGAGAUCAGAGCUGAAAAUGUGUUGCUGGAAAAGCGCAGCAGGU